UUACAGUGCGGACUUUAAACUCCGCUGUCAUUUUCCCGGUUCAAAUCGUAGAACCUGUUCACUACUCGCGACAGAUUUUCCUUCAUCCCUCCUUCUCCUAGACAUGCAAGUGGACUGCAGAGAAAUGUCACGUGAAAAGUCACGCUCUUUAUAAGGUUCCACGGUACCCCUCCCUACAAGAUGGUCCCAGCUUGGAACUUUCCAAACUUUCCUAACUUUCCUUUGGAUAAGCAAUUGAAAUAUCCAGGGUAAAGCUGCCAGAUCUCUUACAGUCUAGUACUUCGAAGUAGCAUCCAAGUAAUUUCAUCUGAAGCCCCUGAAUUUAGGCACGCGGCUCAACAUUCCACACCCGACAUUACCGUCGGCAGUCGCCCAGAUGAAUUUUCCACAGUACUGUAUAUAGGCAAAGACCAAGGAAUAUCUACCAGUUGAAUAUGGAUGAAACCUCCUCUCAUCAGAGAGCUUAGGCUACAAGAAGCCCCAUUAUAUAAAACCCCUCGCCACGUCGAAAUUCCUCGUUUCUUCUCCGUACUUUUCCCCACGACAUAGACACCGAUAUACAGACAAACAUGUACCGACCAAUUCUUCUCCUGACUCUCGCUAAUCUCCUCCCCUUUUCUCUCGCCCAAAUCUCGGAAGAUUUCGAGAACGGAUGGGAUGAUAAGGCAUGGCCCACCUACGCAGUAGACUGCGACCAAGGCGGCAAAGUAACACUCGACACCACCACCGCUAAAAGCGGUAAAAAUUCUUUGAGGGUAGAUGGUGCAGGGGGUUAUUGCGGUCACAAGUUUUUCGGGACCUCGAAAGUCCCCAGCGGAGAUGUAUUUGUGAGGACAUGGCUGUAAGUCCCUCUCCAUCCAACACCUGACGUCCAAAACACAACCAAAUCCAUAUUAUGCCGUGAAAGAAAAAUAGAAAGCUGAAUGUUAUACAGAAAGGCAUCUAAAGCCCUAACCGACGCCCACGUCACCUUCAUAACCAUGCCCGACUCCGCUCAAGGCGCAAAAAAACACAUCCGCAUAGGCGGCCAAUCCAAAAUCCUAAUGUACAACCGCGAAACCGACGAUGCCACGCUGCCCGACCUCUCACCUAACGGCAUCGCCGCCAGCAAAGCGCUAGUCGCCAACAUCUGGACCUGCUUGGAGUACCAUCUCGGCACCGACGGGACAGUCGAGACCUUCGUCGAUGGCACCGCGGUCGCGGGAUUAACAUCCAAACCUGGCGUUGCGAAUGCGAAUGCGGGGCAGUGGCAGAGGGGUAAGACAACGCCGAAGAUUACUUCUGUUAACUUUGGGUGGGAGAGUUAUGGAGGGGAUGUGAAUACGUUUUGGUUUGAUGAUAUUGUUGUUUCGGGGACGAAGAUUGGGUGUGAGGGAAAAGCGGCUGCUGAGCCUAAAAAUGAGACGAAGGUAUAAGUCAAUUGAGUUUUUGCGGUUAGUUAAUUAAGAGAGAAAGCUUGGCGAAAGAGGUGGGAGAGCGCGAGUUCGCAUUGAACCUUGGGUUUAUAAGGGAGCGAUAACGCACUGGGGAUGCCGCCGGAACAUAUGGGGUCCAGGUGAUAAUUCUGUGAAUCGUUCCUCGUGCGAGAAGACCAAUUUCAUGACAGCUUGGAAGUUGGACAGAGAUUAACUUUUGUAUAUAGUCAAGCGAGUUGAGAAUUUCUAUGUAAUUCUCCAUCACUAUUUUGCGCUGGUUAAGCGAACGAUGGG